UUAAAGUAUAUAGCCAUUACAAAAAAAUAACAACACAUAUUUGAAGAACCCAAAUGAUCAUGGAUGAGAUUUAUUCUGGCAUGACAAUGGACACCUGAACAGCAGGGUCCUACUGAAAACAGGAAGAGAAGAUGACUGUCCACAACCUUUACAUAUUUGACCGGAAUGGAAACUGCCUGUACUACAAUGAGUGGAAUCGGAAAAAGCAAGCAGGAAUAUCCAAAGAGGAGGAAUACAAGCUGAUGUAUGGAAUGCUCUUCUCCAUCCGAUCCUUCGUCAGUAAAAUGUCCCCACUAGACAUGAAGGACGGCUUCCUGUCCUUUCACACCAGCAAAUAUCGUCUUCAUUACUACGAGACUCCAAGUGGAUUGAAGUUUGUCAUGAACACAGACCUGUCCGUGUCCAAUGCCAGAGAAACACUGCAGCACAUCUACAGUAACCUGUACGUGGAGUACAUUGUGAAGAACCCCGUGUGUGUUUUAGGCCAGAGUUUGGACAGUGAACUUUUCAGCAGUCGACUGGACGCCUUCAUCAGAGCUCUGCCGUACUACAGCCCCCGUGCUGCCUGAAACACACACAUGUCAGAACUUGUGCAGUCUGUCGUAUUUAUUGUUUUUGUAUCUUCACUCUGACUCUGUGUUCAACUGUGACUCAUCGGAAAAAUAAAGACCUGUGUGGAAAUUAAAGUAGA